GGGCCACGAACAAGUCCUCCACCGUAUGUAUUCUCCCUUUCCCGUAUAAAUAAUUAAAUAAAUACUCCCUCUCUCUUAUCAAUUCAAACCAACGCAUUCUUCUUUCUUUAAUUCUACCCAUCUCCCAUCUCCAUCUCCAUUAUAUAUUUAUCCACGCUCUCUUCCUUGGUUCUUCAUCCAGUUCCUCUGCAAUGGCGUCUUCAACUCCUCUUCUCAAGGAUGAGCUCGACAUCGUCAUACCCACAAUCCGAAACCUCGAUUUUCUGGAGAUGUGGCGGCCUUUCUUCCAGCCUUACCAUCUGAUCAUCGUUCAAGACGGCGACCCUUCCAAGACCAUCAAGGUCCCCGAUGGCUUCGAUUAUGAGCUCUACAAUCGUAACGACAUUAACAAGAUUUUGGGCCCUAGGGCUUCUUGCAUUUCCUUCAAGGACUCUGCCUGCCGCUGCUUCGGCUACAUGGUGUCCAAGAAGAAGUACGUCUACACCAUCGACGACGACUGCUUUGUUGCCAAAGACCCCUCUGGCAAAGACAUCAACGCCCUGGAACAGCACAUAAAGAACCUUCUCUGCCCAUCAACUCCCACAUUCUUCAAUACCCUCUAUGAUCCCUUCCGAGAGGGUGCAGAUUUUGUGCGCGGCUACCCUUUUAGCCUGCGCGAGGGCGUCCCAACUGCUGUUUCUCACGGCCUCUGGCUCAACAUCCCUGACUACGACGCGCCAACCCAGCUUGUGAAGCCUCUCGAGAGAAACACCAGGUAUGUGGAUGCGGUCUUGACAAUACCAAAGGGCACCCUCUUCCCCAUGUGUGGCAUGAAUCUGGCAUUCGACCGCCACCUCAUCGGCCCUGCCAUGUACUUUGGCCUCAUGGGGGAUGGCCAGCCAAUUGGGCGCUACGACGAUAUGUGGGCCGGCUGGUGCAUCAAGGUGAUAUGCGAUCAUCUGGGACUGGGAGUGAAGACGGGGCUGCCCUACAUUUGGCACAGCAAAGCCAGCAACCCCUUUGUGAACCUGAGGAAAGAGUACAAAGGCAUAUUCUGGCAAGAAGACAUAAUCCCAUUCUUCCAGGCAGUGAACCUUCCAAAGGACUGCACCACAGUGCAGCAAUGCUACGUGGAGCUGUCGAAGCAGGUGAAGGAAAAGCUUGGGAAGGUGGAUGAUUACUUUGUGAAGCUGGCGGAUGCCAUGGUCACGUGGAUUGAAGCUUGGGAUGAGCUGAACCCAUCGCAGGCAGGGAAACUGCCCAACGGCUCUGCCAAAUGAGAAGUUUUUGAGUAACAUUGACUGCCUCGCUCUAUAGUUUCCCCAUAGUUAUAUGGUUAAGCAGUAGUCAGGCAUUAAUGGCAUUUGCAUUUUUUCUUUUAUAAUUUGUUUAUGUGCUGAUCAGAUCUAUUUUUAUGAUCCGUGUUGGGUUCUGCAGAUUGGUGAAUGUACCAUCGUGUUAUUGUUUUACUGUUUAUUAUGAGUUUAGAACAACAAUAAAAUGACAGUUGAUUUGAGCCCUUGCAAAUUGUUCGUUGUAUGAUUUGGAAUGAACAAUUGAUGAAC